AUGUCAAAUCAAUCAGCUUCAAAAGAGUUCCAGAAUAUGUCUCUGGAUCAAAUGAGAAAAUUAGUAAAAAAAGAGGAGAAAGCUCUUAAAAAAGAGUACUCAGAAUUAGCCGAAAGAAAGAAACUAAUCAAAAGGUUUCAAAAAAUACAAAAAGCAAGGCAAAAAGUAAGACAAGGAAUAAACAUCAAGAAAAAGCCUAAAAAGAAGAAGACAUUUCAGGAGUAUUUUGACGAGUGUAUAAAAAACAGAAAAAUACCUGAAGACACUCCACCUUAUCUUAAGAAAGCUAUUCAGAAGGCUUUAAAGCAAUACGAUGAAAAAAUAGUCGAGACUAAGACAGCUCUUGAUGAGUUUGCAAAACAAUAUGUAAUAGAGGGUGACCCAAAUUUAACACCUGAUCAAUUUUUUGAGAAACAUAAAAAUCUUAUUGAAAUAUUCUUCAAAAAGAAUAAAAAUAUUAAAGCAAAUUUUGUUCUUGUUUGCGAUAUGCAACAACCACUUUUUGAUAAACAUGGUCUUACUGGUUACAAGGAGGAUAAAGCGUAUUUUAGAACUGAGAAAAAGAGAGUUUUAAAGUCAACAAAUGUGGAAAAGCUUGUAAAAGAUAACUUUAAAAAGAUUAACUUAGAUAUCGAAAAAUAUCAGAAUAAUGGAAGUGGAUGGUAUUUUAAGAAUAUAAAAGAGUUGCAGAUAAAUGUUGUUGAAUACUCCCCUCAAAAAGGUUCAUCUUAUAUAGAUCUACCAGUUUGGAUCAAAAAUAAAAAGGCAAUAAUAAACCCGAAAAACAAAGAUGAUAAAUGCUUUAUCUGGUGUGUACUAAGAUAUCUUCAUCCAAAACCAAGAGAUAAUGAGAUAAUAUCAGAUUUGAAAAAGUAUGAAAAAGAAUUAGUAACAAAGGGAUUAAGUUUUCCAAUGGAUAUUAAAAAUAUAAGAAAGUUUGAAAAGCUUAACCCAAAUAUUCCAAGUGUAGCAGUAUUUUCGGUUGAAGGAAAAACUAUUUACCCUCUUAAACUCUCAAACAAAAAUUGUCAAAAAAGUAUAGAUUUAUUUCUUUUUGAAGAGGAUGGUAAAAGUCACUACUCUCUGAUAAAAAAUUUAAGUAGGUUAAUCAGAACUCAACUGACUAAAACAAGAGUUAUUGGUGGUGUCUAUAUUUGUAAAAGAUGUUUGUGCCAUUUCAAAGUAAAAAGUAGUUUUGAAAAACACGAAAAAUACUGUUCAAGCAACAAAAUGGUUGCAGUUAAAAUGCCAAAAAAGGGAGAAAGUCUUUAUUUUAAAAACUUUCACAAAAAGUAUCCGGUUCCUUUUGUAAUAUAUGCUGAUUUUGAGUGUUUUACAAAACCUGUUUUAAAUUGUAAACCAGAUCCAAGUAAAUCUUAUAACAUAGAAUACCAAAAACACGAACCAUCAGGAUUUUGUUUUUAUCUCAAAGGGGUAACAGGAAGGUUUAAAACAGAAAGCUUUACAAAGGAAAAAGAAGAUGACAAUGUGGCGGCUAUUUUUGUAAAUAAAAUUGUGGGUUACACUCAAUCCAUUUAUGAUACUUACUAUCGAAAACCAAAACCAAUGUUAAUAACAAAAGAGGAAAAGAUUUCUUUUAAACAAGCUGAAUAUUGCUCGUUAUGUGAGGAAGAAUUGGGUGAAGACAGAGUUAGAGAUCACUGCCAUUUCACAGGUAAAUACAGAGGUGCUGCUCACAACGAGUGUAAUUUGAGAUGUCGUAAACCAAGAGUUCUUCCAGUAAUAUUCCAUAAUCUUCAAGGUUAUGACGCCCAUUUAUUUAUAAAGGAACUUGCUAAAAUUCCGGGAAAAUUAGAAUGCAUUCCAUCUACGGAAGAGAAAUACAUUUCCUUUUCAAAACACGUUAAAGUGGGAGAGUUCAAAGGCGUAUCAGGUAAAAAGAUUGAAAUUACGUUUGAAAUCAGAUUCAUAGACUCUUUCAAAUUUCUUCAAACAUCUCUUGCAAAUCUUGUUUCAAAUCUGCAAUCAACAGACUUUGUUAAUACAAGAAGAAAGUUCAAACAACAUACUGAACUGCUUACUCGUAAAGGGGUUUACCCCUAUGAUUACGUUUCAAAUCUAAAAAAGUUUUCGGAAACACAACUCCCACCAAGAGAAGAAUUUUAUUCUAAACUAAACGAUGAGCACAUAAGUGAAGAAGAUUUCUAUCACGCAAUUCGUGUUUGGGACAUACUCAAUUGUAAAACAAUCAGAGAUUAUCACGAUCUUUAUCUUAAGUCUGAUGUGUUACUCCUUGCUGAUGUGUUUGAAAACUUCAGGAAAACUUGUAUGAAACAUUACAAUCUUGAUCCAGCUUAUUAUUACACUUCACCAGGUCUUGCCUGGGAUGCUUGCCUUAAAACAACAGGUCAGCAGUUACAACUACUUGAUGAUUACGAUAUGUUAAUGAUGUUUGAAAGGGGAAUACGCGGUGGAAUAACUCACAUAUCAAAAAGAUAUGCGGAAGCAAAUAAUAAGUACAUGAAAACCUAUGACCCCCAAAAACCCUCAACCUACAUUCAAUACCUCGAUGCAAACAAUCUUUAUGGUUGGGCGAUGUCUCAAUCACUUCCAACACAUGGUUUUGAGUUGGUUGAAAAUAUUACUAAAACUCAAGUUCUCAAUAUACUUGAAGGCAAUUCAAAAAAGGGUUAUAUUUUCGAUGUAGAUCUUGUUUACCCAAAACAUCUUUGGGAAAAGCAUAACGAUUACCCACUUGCUCCAGAACUUAUCAAAGUAAACGGGGUUGAAAAACUUAUAUGUCAUUUUAAACCAAGAGCUAACUAUGUGUUACACUUUAAGAAUCUAAAACAGUAUCUCAAUAUGGGACUUAAGCUCAAAUCCAUAAACAGAGCAAUAUCCUUUGAGCAAUCCCCCUGGAUGGAACCCUAUAUAAGAAAGAACACAGAAUUGCGUAAAACGGCAGCUAACAGUUUUGAGAAAGACUUUUUUAAACUUAUGAAUAACUCAGUUUUUGGAAAGACAAUAGAAAACAUUAGAAAAAGACAAAACAUAAAACUGGUUGAUAAUCGUAAAACAGCUCUCAAACUUUCAAAAAAGCCUAACUUUGAAAGAGUUACGAUUUUCGAUAAAAAUUUAAUCGCAGCUCAUAUGAAAAAAACAGAGGUGUAUUUUAACAAACCGGUAUACGUAGGCCAAGCAAUCUUAGACUUAUCAAAAACCUUGAUGUUUGACUUUCACUACAAUUACAUAAAAGACAAAUACGACACCAAAUCAGAUUUACUUUUUACGGAUACUGAUUCCCUUAUGUACCAAAUUCAAACAGAAGAUUUCUAUAAAGAUAUAUCAAACGAUGUGGAAACCAAGUUUGAUACAUCAAACUAUCCGCAAUCUCAUCCAUCUGGUAUUCCAACAGGGUUAAACAAAAAAGUAAUUGGAAUGUUCAAGGAUGAAGUUGCUGGAAAACAAAUCACACUUUAUUGGACUUCGCCCAAAGCUUUACAGCUUUAA